GGCCCAAAAUAAGCGAACAUCAAGCGCUAGAUUAACGAUCAAUAAAAUAAAAAUCAUCAACCCUUGGUAGCGAAUCCGAAUCUUAAAAUUCUUUCAAUAAUUUAUGAUGAUGAUGGGCAUGGCAGUAGCACCAUUGUAACUGUAUUUUUGAACUGAAGAGAUUGGUGGUUAGGGCUUGUGAGAGGCUUAGGAAUGUGAGGAAUGGCUCGGGACGGGCACGUGGUGCCGGCGGACCCGGGUGCGUCGGUGGUAGAGAAGAUGAAGGGCCAGUGGGCUCGGACCUGGAUGUCGAUGGACUGCACGGGGGAAGGGACCGUGCUGGACGUGGACAAGUACGCCAUCAUGCGCCGCGUCCACAUCCACGCCCGCGACCUCCGCAUUCUCGAUCCCUUGCUGUCCUACCCCUCCACCAUUCUCGGCCGUGACAAGGCCAUCGUUCUCAACUUGGAGCAUAUCAAGGCAAUCAUCACUGCUGAAGAGGUAUUGCUACGGGAUCCAACGGAUCAAAAUGUUAUCCCUGUUGUUGAGGAACUUCAGAGGCGAUUGCCUCCUGUAAAUGCUAUUUGCCAAGGUCAGGGCAAUGAGAAAGAGUACCCAAGUGGGCAAAAUGACGUUGAGGCAGGCGAAGAAGAUGAGUCUCCAUUUGAAUUCCGGGCUUUGGAGGUAGCUUUAGAAGCUAUUUGUAGUUUCCUUGCUGCGCGUACAAUGGAAUUGGAGACUGCCGCUUAUCCUGCGUUAGAUGAGCUUACCUCUAAGAUUAGUAGCCGUAACUUGGACAGGGUUCGCAAAUUGAAGAGUGCAAUGACAAGGUUGACUGCUCGGGUUCAAAAGGUUAGAGAUGAACUUGAACAACUCCUUGAUGAUGACGAUGAUAUGGCUGACCUUUACUUGUCAAGGAAGUUGGCUAGUGCAUCUUCACCAGUUAGUGGCUCAGGCCCUGCCAAUUGGUUUUCUGCCUCUCCUACCAUAGCCUCAAAGAUAUCCAGAGCAAGUAGAGCAAGUGUGGUUACAGUUCGUGAAGAUGAGAAUGAUGUUGAGGAGCUUGAAAUGUUACUGGAGGCGUACUUUAUGCAGGUUGAUGGCACGUUGAACAAAUUAACCACGCUGCGUGAAUACAUUGAUGAUACCGAAGAUUACAUCAAUAUUCAGCUUGACAAUCAUCGAAACCAGCUGAUUCAGUUGGAGCUCUUUCUAAGUGCCGGAACUGUUUGUUUAUCCCUCUAUUCUUUGGUGGCUGCAAUUUUUGGCAUGAAUAUCCCGUAUACUUGGAAUGAUAACCAUGGCUACAUGUUUAAAUGGGUGAUCAUUGUCGCAGGAUUGUGUUGUGCUUUUCUCUUUGUACUAAUUGUUUCUUAUGCCCGCAUCAAGGGAUUGGUUGGAUCUUGAAUUCAUUCGUACAUGAAGCAUUGCAGUGUAAUACGUCUCUGGAGGAAACUUUCGGACGAAGAUCACAUAAGUCAACACUGUUUUAAUCUCAAGAGGGAACAUAACGAGUUCCCCAAAUUAUCAACAACCUGGGAUUUAUUGGUUUCAGGCACUUAUGAAAGUGUAAAAAGAGUUGGCAGAAUGUCAAUUCAGUCUUUCAAUUUUGAUUCACAAUUCUUCUUAUUGUUCUUUAUACGCAUUAGUGUAUUUACAGGAUAUACCUGUACUGGAUCAUAAUUCUACUGAUAUCUAUCAAUUGGUUGUUUGGAUC